CAACCUCUAGCUUCCUCAGCUCUGCGUUCUCCUCUUCGGAGCCUCCAAAGUUGUAAUCGGCCAUGGUGGUUGUCGGAGUCAAGGAUCACGGACACCGCUCGCGACACUGCAGCGAUCGACUAGGAAGGUGUUGAAGUGAAAAUAAAGACCGACGCAAAAGAUCCCCAGGGAUAAGCAAUAACCAAGAUCCCGAUAAGAAGCUAGGAAUCUCCUCUCUGUGUUCCAGAAUGCAGAUGAAGCGAAAUUGAAAUGAAUGAAGUUGCGGUUGCUCUCCGAGUCCCCAGCCACGGGAGAUGCCGCCCUUUUUUUCUUCCGAUCCAUUGGCACCUCCAGUCCCAAUCAGGCUUAGCGUAGAAUACUGCAAUUUCUCAACCCAUCUCAAAGCAACCGGCGAAAGCACUCACGAGAUUCGAAACAUCCUCAAGCACAACAGCACACACACGGACCGUCGCGUCCAAUCCCUUUCGCCAAAAUGGAAUCCGCCCUCCAAGGCUCGAUAACCAAAAACCUCCCGGAGCGCCUCCUCCGCUUCUUCGCCCGCUACCCACCACAAAAGUACUCCGCGCUCGUCCGACCACAACCAGACCCCGAAACCACACCGAAAGCAGACAGCUCGACGCUGCCCUCCCCCUACACUGCGAACCGUGACGCCAAGGGCUUCCAGCGCGAAGACCCGCGCGCCCCCUCCGCCUCGCGCGCCCUCCUCUGGUCGGACCCCAAAUCUCCGAACCCGUUCCUCCCCGUCAAGGUCGGCGAGAAGUGGCAGGGCGCGAGGAUUGGGCUCCGUCGCCAGGCGGAUUUGGUCAAGCUGGCGAAGAAGUAUGGUGUUGAGGCGCUGUUGCCGCCUGGGAGGAAGAGUACGGAGUUUAAGGAGACGAGGCUCGCUGAGAAGGGGUUGACGAUUAAGGGUACGGGUAUUGGGCAGAAGGUUAAGGGUCAUAGGUGGGAGAGGACGAUGGAGACGAGGUUGGAGGAUCGCAGAAAGGCUAUGAUGGAGAUGCCGGAGACGAUUCGGAUGUGGAAGCAGAGAGGUCACGGUCGUGGCUGGAAGAAGUGGCCCAAGAGGUGAGCUCGCUCUUAGUGUGGGCUGGGGCGUGUAUAAUGUACGAUCUAUGGUUUGGUUUCUGGUCCUCGGCUUGUACAGAUCGAUUCGAUGGAGAUAUAAGUUGCU